UCCCUCCCAGUUCUAACUUUUAAACAACUUCAAACCAGUCAACCAUUACAUGCUGCAGCUUAUCACAGCACUUCGUCAAUGGCCCACCGCCCACCUUCUGCUCCUCUACUCUCACUCUCACCUACCGCCAGUAAUCUAUAUAAGGCAAUUCCAUUGCAACCAUUUAUCUCAGGAAAUUGAAGUUUAAUUUCCAUUCUAUAUCUACCUCUCUCUCUCUCUCUCUCUCUCUCUCUCUCUCUCUCUCUAAAUAUAUAUACAUAUCUAUCUAUCUCUCUUCAUAUUUCAUAAUUGCGCUAGCUGCACCAAGUAAGAUACCCACAAAACCCACCUUUCAAUACACCAAGAAACAUCAAAUGGGUAGCAUUAAUAAUGGGGACAUCAGUCACCAAAACGAGGGAUUCUGUUUAAAUGAUCCGUUGAACUGGGGGGUUGCCGCGGAGGCGCUCAAGGGUAGCCAUUGGGAUGAAGUUAAGAAAAUGGUUGCCGAAUUCAGGAACCCUGCGGUUAAACUCGGGGGAGAAACCCUCACCAUUUCUCAGGUGGCGGCAGUUGCAACUGCUGCUGGUAGUAUUAAUACUGUUCAAGUGGAGCUAGCAGAGUCCGCCAGGGCUGGUGUAAAGGCUAGCAGCGAUUGGGUUAUGGAUAGCAUGAAUAAAGGGACCGACAGCUACGGUGUAACCACGGGCUUUGGCGCCACCUCCCACAGACGAACCAAACAAGGCGGCGCUCUUCAAAAAGAACUUAUCAGGUUUCUGAAUGCUGGAAUCUUCGGAAAUGGAACAGAGACAUGCCAUACACUUCCCAAAUCCACAACAAGGGCAGCCAUGCUGGUUAGGAUCAACACUCUCCUCCAAGGAUAUUCCGGUAUCAGGUUUGAAAUUCUCGAAGCCAUCACUAAGUUCUUAAACAUCAACAUUACCCCAUGCCUCCCACUUCGAGGCACGAUCACCGCCUCCGGAGAUCUCGUCCCCCUCUCCUACAUCGCCGGGCUCCUCACAGGUCGACCAAAUUCUAAGGCAGUUGGGCCCAAUGGGGAGGCCCUGAACCCAGAUCAGGCGUUUCGCCUGGCCGGGGUCGAGGGUGGGUUUUUUGAGCUUCAACCCAAGGAAGGCCUUGCUUUGGUCAAUGGAACGGCCGUUGGGUCUGGAUUGGCUUCAAUUGUGUUAUUUGAUGCAAACAUAUUAGCCCUUUUGGCUGAAGUUCUAUCAGCAAUUUUCGCUGAAGUGAUGCAAGGAAAGCCAGAGUUUACAGAUCACUUAACGCAUAAAUUGAAACAUCACCCUGGUCAGAUCGAGGCUGCGGCUAUAAUGGAGCAUAUUUUGAAAGGAAGCUCGUAUGUUAAGGCUGCUGAGAAGUUACAUGAUACAGAUCCUUUACAAAAGCCAAAACAAGACAGGUAUGCUCUUAGGACAUCCCCACAAUGGCUCGGCCCUCAGAUUGAGGUCAUCCGGUCCUCUACCAAGUCUAUCGAGAGGGAGAUCAACUCGGUGAACGAUAACCCGUUGAUCGACGUUUCCAGGAACAUGGCCUUGCAUGGUGGAAACUUCCAGGGCACCCCGAUUGGUGUAUCGAUGGAUAAUACCAGGUUGGCUAUUGCAGCAAUUGGAAAGUUGAUGUUUGCACAAUUCUCUGAGCUUGUCAAUGAUUUUUACAACAACGGGCUGCCUUCAAAUCUCACUGGCGGGAGAAAUCCUAGCUUGGAUUACGGUUUCAAAGGGGCCGAGAUUGCCAUGGCAUCAUACUGCUCGGAGCUCCAGUUUUUAGGAAACCCGGUAACAAACCACGUCCAGAGCGCGGAACAACACAAUCAAGAUGUCAAUUCUCUCGGUCUGAUUUCGUCGCGAAAAACAGCUGAGGCCAUUGAUAUCUUGAAGCUCAUGUCCACCACUUUCUUGGUGGCACUUUGUCAGGCUAUUGACCUAAGGCAUCUGGAAGAAAACAUGAAGAGCGUAGUCAAGAACACUGUUGGACAGGUUGCCAAACGUGUCCUGACCAUGGGAACGAACUGUGAGCUUCACCCAUCGAGAUUUUGCGAGAAAGAUCUACUGAGAGUUGUAGACCGCGAAUAUGUGUUUGCUUACAUCGAUGAUCCUUGCAGCUCGAUGUACCCAUUAAUGCAGAAACUUAGGGGAGUUCUGGUUGAACACGCCCUUAAGAAUGGGGAAACAGAGAAGAAUCUGAACAGCUCAAUCUUUCAGAAGAUUGCAGCUUUCGAAGUAGAACUGGAGGCCAUUUUGCCGAAGGAAGUGGAGAGUGCCAGAGCCGCGUUCGAUGAAGGGAACGCAACAAUUCCAAACAGAAUCAAAGAGUGCAGGUCUUAUCCGUUGUACAAGUUCGUGAGGGAAGAAGUGGGGACUGAAUUGUUGACAGGAGAGAAAGUGCGGUCGCCUGGAGAGGAAUUUGAUAAGGUGUUCUCGGCCAUGUCCAGGGGAGAGAUCAUUGACCCCUUGCUGGAAUGUUUGAAGGAGUGGAAUGGUGCUCCAAUUCCAAUAUGUUAAGGACUGAGACACAUGGAAAUUAUGUUGUAUUCUUUUUCAUCCCAAUUCCUUUGUUGGAUGAUGUUACUAUUAAAAUUCCUAAUGAACCUUUCUUUGUGUUUUUUGUU